AUGAAUCGGAUCCUCGACAACUGUCCCCUCUGUCACCAUGAAGAUACCAACACCCCUCCGAUUGCCCCCGUGGUGUCGUUGGCGACACGGGUCUAUAUGACGCUCCCAACCGAACCGGAGCUCAACGACGGCUGUGCCACCAUAGUCCCCAUUCAACACCGAACGAACCUCCUAGAAUGCGAUGACGAUGAAUGGGAGGAGAUCCGCAACUUCAUGAAGAGCUUGACCCGCAUGUAUCAUGAGCAAGGCCGCGAUGUCAUCUUCUACGAGAAUGCGGCCCAGCCUCAUCGAAAGAGACACGCGGCCAUGGAGGUUGUCCCAUUACCCUACAGCCUCGGAGAGACGUCUCCCGCCUUCUUCAAGGAGGCCAUUCUCUCCGCAGACUCCGAAUGGACUCAGCAUCGGAAGUUAAUCGACACGGCAGCCAAGGCCAAACAAGGGCUCGGUCGGUCUGCGUUCCGACGUACUCUGGUCAAGGAGAUGCCUUAUUUCCACGUCUGGUUUGAGCUGGAUGGAGGGCUGGGCCACGUCGUGGAGGACGAGAGCCGAUGGCCUAAAGGAGACCUGUUCGCCCGCGAGGUGAUCGGAGGCAUGCUGGACGUGGGCCCGGAGGUGAUCAAGCGACAGGGGCGCUGGCACCGGGGAGGAGACCGACGUGUUGACGGAUUUAAAAAGCGGUGGAGGAAGUUUGACUGGACGAGGGUUUUGGUCGAGGGGUGA